AUGGCGCUGGGCCGCGGCGGGGUGGCGGCCGCCCUCCCGCUGCUGCUGCCGCGGCGGCUGACGGCCACCCGGGCGGCGGCGGGCGCGCAGCCCCCCGGGAGCGUGGUGCGCGUCCCCUGGGCCCUGCGGCUGCGCCUGCAGCGGGGCGCGCAGCGCCGUCGGCGCGGGCAAGGGGAGGCGGCAGCGGCGGCGCGGCCCGGGAAGCUGCUGCUGCGGAGCCGGCGGCCGGAGCUGAGCCAGCCCCGCUGGCAGACGGUGGGGCGCUGGGAGCGGCCGCAGCUGGUGUCGGCGGGCUGGAAGCAUAGGAAAGCCUGCGGGGACUACUUCCAGCUGGAGCCCUCGCAGGAGGCGGCUCCCGCCCUGCAGGCGCCGUCGCCCGAUGCGGGGCAGGGCCCGUCCUUCGCCGAGAUGGGGCUGCAGCCGGCGCUGCUGGCCGGCCUGGAGGACCUCUCCGUCGACCGCCCCACGGCGGUGCAGCGCCUCGCCAUCCCCGCGCUGUGCCGCGGCCGCAGCGCCCUCUGCGCCGCCGAGACCGGCAGCGGCAAGACGCUGGCCUACCUGCUGCCGCUGCUGGACAGGCUGCUCUCCCGCCCCGAGGGGCCGGCGGCGGCGGCGGGGGCGGCGGGGCCGGCGUCGCCCCGCGGGUUAGUGGUGCUGCCGUCGCGGGAGCUGGCGGCGCAGGUCGGCGCGGUGGCGGCGGCGCUGUGCCGGCCGGCGGGGCUGCAGGUGCGCAGGCUGACGGGCGGCGGCGCGGCGGGCGGGCUGCGGAGGCAGCUGCGGGCGCCGCCGCCGGGUGCCGCCGUGCUGCUGGGCACCCCCGGGGCGCUGCGGGAGGCGCUGCGGCGGCGCUUCCUGGGCCUGGGGCGGCUGCGCUGGAUGGUGCUGGACGAGGCGGACGCCCUGAUGGACGACUCCUUCGCGGGGCCGCUGGAGGAGAUCCUGGCACACGCGCCCCUGGCCUCUGGCGCCCCCGGGCCGUCCGGCCCCGGGGAGGCGAGGACCCAGGUGGUGGUGGUCGGAGCCACCUUCCCCGCGGGGCUGAGCCAGACGCUGGGGAAGUUCACCGACGUGGGCCGGUUUGUCACCCUCACCACCCGGAGCCUGCACCGCCUGCCACCCCACGUCCAGCAGAAGUUUGUCCGCCUAAAAGGCCGGGACAAGCUGCCCGAACUGCUGCAGCUACUCAAGGAGCGUCCAGCGUCCCACGGGGCUGUUCUCAUCUUCUGCAACAGUGCCAGCACUGUCAACUGGCUGGGCUAUAUCCUGGAUGACCACAAAAUCAAGCACUUGAGGUUGCAGGGACAGAUGUCAGCAGCUGCUAGAGCUGGCAUCUUUGCUUCUUUCCAGAAGGGUGACGUGUCUGUCCUUGUCUGCACUGACCUUGCCUCGCGGGGGCUGGACACCAGCAGUGUGCAGCUAGUGGUCAACUAUGACUUCCCAGACACCCUACAGGACUACCUGCACCGUGUGGGGCGGGUUGGACGGGUCGGAAGCAAGGUGCCUGGAGCCGUGGUUAGUUUUGUCACUCAUCGGUGGGAUGUGGAUCUGGUGCGGAAAAUAGAGACUGCAGCCCGGAAGAGGACAGGUCUUCCAGGCAUGGACUCCUCUAUUAAUGAGCCUGCACUUGAAAGAGGUUGAUUGAAGUUGCCAAGUGGUAAUAAAUGGCCUGGUAGGGACUAAGCUUGAAGUCAUUAAGGCAGAGCAAAUGAACUUAUGUGUGUAAGCUAGACUAAAAGAAUGGAGAAUUGAGUUUCAGAACCAGGUGAUCAGGUUAACUUUGUGCACUGUUCUAGAAGCUGCAGUAGUCAUUUCCAUAGGCUUUCCAAAAGGAAGCUAGUAAGUGAGUAACAAAAUGCCUUUGGAGAAGACUGAAGAAUGAUCUCAUCAGUUGAUAUGGUUUGAUUUUGUUGAGACUUUUAACUUCAAAUCAGAAUGAAAGUAUGCCUGUAUGAUGUGCAGCUCUGUUGCAUUUCAUUGCUUCCCACCACUAGCAGCUAAACAUUCAUUAUUAAAACUUAAAAAUUACUACUGUGGCAGGAAAGAAAAAGAAAAUAUUUUCCUAACUUUGUUAUAACUUUGACCAGUUAUAGAUACAUGUAGAAAGACUAAAGGGCAAAUUAUAUUUUAUUUUCUUGUGAUGUAGCAGUUCGUUCAGAGAAUUCUAGACCAGAUUGGUGGGAAUGAGAAGGCACAAUAAAGCUUAAGGCUUU